GAUAUCACAGAACUGCCGAGUAGUAUCGAAUCAUAGGAAACAUUUCAUCAAUCAAUCCCAAUCUAAAUCUAAUUGAAGAACAAAUCGCAAAUAUGGGAAUCGAAUUGCCAGCAUAUAUUCUUGGUGCACUCACUGCGGGUGGUGGAACGAUGGGUUAUGUCAGGACUGGAAGUAUUCCAUCUGUUGCCGCAGGCCUCACUGUUGGAUCCUUGUACCUCUUGGGUGGUUAUCGUAUCCAAAGCCGCCUGUCUUAUGGUGUUGAGCUCGCUCUUCUCGCGUCUGUCGUUCUUGCAGGCUCUUCUAUCCCAAGAGCAAUUCGCAGUCAAAAGCCUCUGCCCGCGGGUUUGAGCUUACUCGCCUUGUACGGACUGUUCACCUUCGGCAAUGCAUUCAGAGCGCGAAAGUAAAAACGGGAUGCCAGGCCAGGCGUGUUCCAAAAUUGAUCAAAUUUGGUGUGAUGUUAUACUUCAACAAUGAAAAUAUUUCCAAGGCCUUUCA